AUGGCUACCACAACGGAAGAAAAUCGGAAUAUUCCGGCGGAUUCCCCGAGAUGUGAAAUUCUGUCUCGUAUUCCGGCGGAUUUGCUGAGAGAUGAGAUUCUGUCGCGUAUUCCGGCGACGGAUCUCUUCAGAAUAUUCAGGCUCGUUUCCCGACAAUGGCGCCGGCUGAUUUCCAGCCCUGAAUUUAUUCAGAUCCAUCUCAAAAGAUCUACCGCCGACGAGACUCAGAUCCGAAUCAUCAUCGCAGAUCCCACCGCCAUGACAUAUUACAACUAUGCCCCUGGCGCCACCAAGGAUCCCAGAUUCUACCCUUACCCUCCUUCUUCUUCUCACAGAUACGACAGCUGCCCAAUUAUCCUCGGCUCGUGCGACGGCUUGAUCUGCUUGUACGAAGGCGCUAACCAGCGCUUCUCGGUAUUCAAUCCGUCGAUGAACAGAUACGAGUUGCGCCUGGCGGAUAAAUUCCGGUGGUUGUUCUUGACGAACUACGCGAGCUGGUUUGGCCGGAACCCCUGCACCGGAGAAUACGUUCUCGUGAUUGGAUCGCGGUUGCAGGGAAGCCACGUGGACAUUCGUGUGUACGAGCUGAAGACGCACGCUGCCCGCAAAUCCCGGUCGAUUAUUCAUCAGAAGAAGCACGGCCGCGAUUACAAGUAUUUCGAUCCCGUCGGCAAAUUCCUGCACGGAGCUCUUCAUUGGGCGGCGUGUACUCAGCCCAUGAACGAGCCGCAUUUCGAAAAGAAGCACGUAAUUGUUGCUUACGAUUUCGGGAAGAACGAAAUACUGGAGAUUCCUGCGCCGCGUGAGUUUCCUUUUACGGUGGGAGUUGUGGAUGAGUGCUUGUUUGUGAUUUUUGGGAAUGCAGCUCAGGUGUUUGAGCUGUGGACUAUGAGAGAAUAUGGGGUUAAGGAAUCUUGGACUAAAUACGCGAACAUUGAGGGAGGCACUGAGGGAUUUAAAUACACUCAAUUGUUGGUGCCGUUGGCGUUUUCUUCGGAUCGCGAUGAACUGAUUGUGGAUGCUGAUCGGAAGAAGGUGGUAAAGUAUAGUUUCAAGGAGAAGAAGAUUACCCUUCUUAAGAAUCACGAUUCUCGAGAAUCUAUAGCGAUUUCGUACGUAGAUAGUUUGGUCCCUGCAAAGGUAAUAUUUGAAUGA